AUGAGCCCUGUCGCGCCCACCCACGACCAGGUUCCAGUGCUCUACGUCAUCGUGGUCUAUGCCGUCGUCAUAUUCGCCUUCUGGAAUAUCCCCGGAGCCAGGGUAAUCAUCAACCCUCUCAAGCUCUUUACCAUCGGAUGGCAUGAGCUAUGCCACAUAUCCUUAGCCAUCUUAACAGGCGGCUCUGUCAUGAAAGUCUGCAUAGACCCCGACAUGGGUGGCUGCACCAUCGUUUCCGGCGGACACCCGCCCACCAUUCUCGCCGCAGGCUACGUCGGCUCCACCAUCUUCGGCGGCCUCUUCAUCAUGGCCGGCUUCGACACCCUCGUCUCCAAGAUCAUGAGCUUCGUCCUCGGCGUCGGUCUCAUUGCGCCCCUCGCCCUCGUCCGCAAUAAACUCACAAUCCUCCUGACUGUGGUAUACGAAGGCCUCCUCGUCGGGUUCUGGUUUAUCGACCAUGCACAGGCGCUCCGGUGGUACUGCUUAUUCGUGGGUGUCAUGAACGCUUUGUAUGUCGUCUGGGACAUUGCGGACGACAAAUACUUCCGCAAAGCGAACGACUCGGAUGCGACACAGUGGGGCAUCCUCUACCCUCGUAUCCCUGCCCAUGUCUGGGCCACGCUGUGGAUACUGUUCGAAAUCGCCGUUCUGACCGGGUUCGUCCUCCUCGGCAUCGCCGCGUUCAAGCGCACGCCACAGGAAAUGUACACCGAAGCGGCACAAUUUCUGCCGACAUGACGCAGGCCGUCGCGUUCCCCACCCCGCCUCAUCUUCCGUCUAUCGUCCGAGUUCUUCGCAUCGCUCUGCUCUCUCCGUAUCAUCGCACCGUCUGUAUAAGUUGCUCUACUGUAGGUUAUCCGUCCACAUCUCUCCAUCUCCCCAUCUUGCUCCAACUGUAUCCCCCACCCAAACACACGCGAGCGCAAGCUCUGC